CCUCGGGCGGCGCGAAGUGGAGGCGCGAGAAUGGAGGGGCAACCAGGCGGCAGUGGCGUAGCAGACCGCGGGGCCGAGGACUCUGCGCCUGGCCCCAGCAAGGCCUCUGGCGGCUCCGGCCACUACGAGCUGCCAUGGGUUGAAAAAUACAGGCCAAUAAAGCUGAAUGAAAUUGUUGGGAAUGAAGACACUGUGAGCCGGCUAGAGGUCUUUGCGAGAGAAGGGAACCUGCCCAAUAUCAUCAUUGCGGGUCCCCCAGGAACUGGCAAAACCACCAGCAUCCUGUGUCUGGCCCGMGCCCUGCUGGGCCCCGCGCUGAAGGAUGCUGUCCUGGAACUCAACGCCUCCAACGACAGGGGCAUCGAUGUUGURAGGAAUAAAAUCAAGAUGUUUGCUCAACAGAAGGUCACCCUUCCCAAAGGCCGGCACAAGAUUGUCAUCCUGGACGAGGCAGACAGCAUGACGGAUGGAGCCCAGCAGGCCUUGAGGAGGACCAUGGAGAUCUACUCCAAGACCACGCGCUUCGCUCUGGCCUGUAACGCCUCCGACAAGAUCAUAGAGCCCAUCCAGUCGCGCUGUGCGGUGCUCCGCUACACCAAGCUCACGGACGCCCAGGUGCUGGCCAGGCUCAUGAGUGUCCUGGAGAAGGAGGAGGUGCGGUACACGGACGACGGCCUGGAGGCCAUCAUCUUCACUGCCCAGGGGGACAUGCGGCAGGCUCUGAACAACCUGCAGUCCACCUUCUCAGGGUUUGGCUUCAUCAACAGUGAGAACGUGUUCAAGGUCUGYGACGAGCCGCACCCGCUGCUGGUGAAGGAGAUGAUCCAGCACUGCGUGCACGGCGACAUCGACGAGGCCUACAAGAUCCUGGCCCACCUGUGGCAUCUGGGCUAUUCGCCAGAGGAUGUCAUCGGCAACAUCUUUCGAGUGUGUAAAACUUUCCAAAUGGCCGAGUACUUGAAGCUGGAGUUUAUCAAGGAAAUCGGAUACACGCACAUGAAAGUCACCGAAGGCGUGAACUCCCUCCUGCAGAUGGCGGGGCUCCUGGCCAGGCUGUGUCAGAAGACAAUAGCCCCUGUGGCCAGUUAGCUGCAGUUUGAAGAGGCCUUGCCCUUGCAACGCUGGGGUCUCCACCUUCUGACAGGGAGAUGCCCCACGAUGGCGCUGGGCCUCCGACUGAGCUCACCUGCUCCCAUGUUCCCUGACCACUUCUGCAGGAGCGCCAGGUCCCGGAUGUGUGGGCAGCUGGAGGGCCCUGACCCCUGUCCCACUGACCGGUGCUAAUAAAGCCUUCCUGUGUCUGCUUCGUUUGACUCCCGGAGCCUCCCGGAGAACCAGCCCCCUCUGUGUGCCCYGGCACCCCCCAGGUGGAAAGGCCACUUAGGUCACGGGCUGGACCAGCUAAUCUCCGUUUUCUAGAAGCUGGAAGGGCCCAGGUCAGUGGGUGAGGGCGGGUUUUCUGUGGUUUCCUGCAAAAUUAAGACUUCUCGGAACAGCGGGGGUGUGCUAUCCAGACAGGGAGUGGGCUGGGGGGCCUGCUUGCCCCCACUGCAAAGCCUGAUUCCACCACAGCUCUGCUAAGUGGGUGAGGAAUGAUGAGAUGAAGAGAAGAUGGAGAGAGGAGAGGGGGAAGGGGAGAGGGCUUGGGGGGCUGGGUCAUCCAGCAGAAGGCCCAGACCAGAGAGCUCGCCCUGUGGCCUUUCCUGUGUGGUGAUGUGUGCUCUCCUGUGGGCUUCAGGAUACUGUAGGCUGCCACUGUGUCUGAACAGGCACUGUUUUCCCCUUUGUGUGUGUGUGUGGUGCACGCGGUGCUGUGGUUGAACCCAGGGCCUUCCAUGUGCUUAAUUAUGGAAAUUUUCAGUUGUAUAUAGAAGUAAAGAGAACUGGGCACAGGGCUGCACACCCCGGUGUGAUCCCAGCAAUUUAGGAGGCUGAGGCAAGAGCCUUGCGAGUUCAAAGCCAGCCCYAGCAGCUCAGCAAGG